GUUACGUCACUUGAAAAUGACAGAAAAGUAAAUCUCGGGCUUCGCGUUUUUAGAAUUCUUUUGCGAUUUAGGUUUAUUGGCAAUUUGCAUUUAUUAUAUAAAACAUUACUAAUCAAUAUGCCUCGGUACCAUACGGUGGAAAUAAACAAAACAGAAUGGAUUGUGCCGGAGAGGUACCAAAAUCUUACACCUGUAGGAUCCGGAGCGUACGGCCAAGUUUGCUCUGCUAUAGAUACUCUGCAUGAUAUAAAAGUAGCUAUCAAGAAACUGGCUAGACCUUUUCAAUCAGCAGUACAUGCCAAGAGAACGUAUCGUGAAUUGAGAAUGUUGAAGCAUAUGAAUCAUGAAAAUGUUAUUGGUCUCCUGGAUGUUUUCAGUCCAGAAAAGAGCUUAGAAGAGUUCCAGCAGGUGUAUUUAGUGACACACUUAAUGGGUGCGGACUUGAGCAAUAUUGUGAGGACUCAGAAGUUAUCAGAUGACCAUGUUCAGUUUCUUGUGUAUCAGAUACUUAGAGGCUUAAAAUAUAUUCACUCAGCGGGGAUCAUUCACAGGGACCUUAAACCUUCAAAUAUUGCUGUGAAUGAAGACUGUGAGUUGAAGAUUUUAGAUUUUGGCCUUGCCAGACCUACAGAGACAGAGAUGACGGGAUAUGUAGCGACUAGGUGGUAUAGAGCACCUGAGAUAAUGCUCAACUGGAUGCACUACAAUCAGACCGUAGACAUCUGGUCGGUGGGCUGCAUCAUGGCUGAACUGCUCACCGGCAGAACUCUUUUCCCCGGCACAGACCAUAUUCACCAGUUAAAUUUGAUCAUGGAGGUACUGGGCACGCCAGCACAGGAGUUUAUGCAGAAAAUAUCAUCAGAGUCAGCUCGCAACUACAUCCAGUCGCUGCCGACGCUGCACCGGCGCGACUUUCGCGAGGUGUUCCGCGGCGCCAACCCGCUCGCCGUCAACCUGCUCGAGCUUAUGCUGGAGCUGGACGCUGACAAGCGUAUAACGGCGGAGCAGGCGCUGGCGCACGCGUACCUGGCGCAGUACGCGGACCCCACGGACGAGCCCACCUCCGCGCCCUACGAUCAGAGCUUCGAGGACAUGGACCUGCCCGUCGACAAGUGGAAAGAGCUGGUGUGGAAGGAGGUUGUGGAGUUCAAGCCGCACCCGCAGCACAUGAACACCGUGGUCGAGGUGAACCCCUCGUAACUGUACAUUGUACAACGGCAAUAACUAUGUCAAUUCGCGUACAAAUAUUUGUAUGACCGUGCAUUAGAUAAGGCCGAUACAGUAAUUAAGAUAAUGGCUUUUAUCCGGAACAUUAAAAGUAAUAAAAGUGUGUUGAGUGCGAAUUUUUGUCACUAUCGUAUAAUCAAAAUAACGUUGCGCAGAAAUUCAUACAGAUUUUGAUAUUUUAUGUGAAGUUUUGUGCCUACGCCGAUUAAUUUAGAGGUUGUUUUGACGCCAUACAAAUGGAUGCUAAGUUAACUUUACGAAGUAAAUGUAAAUCCGAUCUUUGCCAUAAGCGACCGCGCCUGACAAAAAUUCAAAUAAAAUGAUACUUUAUUACUUAAGCUAUAGGUUUCAUUUUCUACCGACAUUGGUGUAGCGAUCCAUGCUGUCGCUGCUUAAUAUACUGGCGUAGAGCAAAAUGAAACUUAUAGCCUAGGACCUAGGUCAUAAAGUAGCAUUUUAUUUAAAUUUUUGUCGUAGUCGAUUGCCGCGGUGAACGCGACAGCACCUUUAAAUUCACGGCAAGUAGAUAUAAAGUAGAGACAGAAAUUCAAAUAGGGCACUUAGAAUACGAAUUUAUAAUUAAUAAUACUCUCAGUCGGUACAUAAAAUACGUCAUAAUAUGAAUGGUUCCCCCUUAUCGAGUGACGUAAAUUUUAGGAUGACCAAUAAUAAUAAUCCAUUCACUAUCAUUUUGAAAAGAUUUUGUUUUGCUUGUAUAUUACUGACUGAGAUAAAAAUUAAAGUUUCGUGGUUUCGGAUUAUUUAUUUGUCAUUAUGUCCGUGUUUGGCAACACCAGGCAAUGAGACGUAAUAAAGUUAAAAUAUUGAGUUCUACAACCUACAUAGGUCAUACCUAGGUUUGAAUCCUAUUUGUGUGAAUUUUACGUGAUUUUUUUUGCAACAUCAUGUAUAGGGUAGACCCUGUUACCUUACACUUAUGUAUUGUAAGAUAUUUUUCUACGCUGUUUCGUUUUUAAAACGCAGGGUAAGAAACAAAAUAUGAUUGUUAUAUUUAUACUUUUUAAGAUACAUGCUAAUUGCUAUUUUUAAACAUUUUAAAACUUUAUUAUCAAAAAUGUAAUAAUAGGUGUACUAGUAGUACUACUACUAGUAGUUACAGCAAUAUAUUACACCAAGUUUUAAAACGUAUUUUUUACGAAGUUAGACUUCUGAAUAAAAUGUGCUUAUAAUUUCACCACUGUGCUUUAGGCGAAGAAAAAUGCUACCAGUCAACCAGUAAUACAUAAAACCUAUUAUUGUGUGAAGCGUGUAUUUAGUUCUCGGGCAUUAAAUGGAGUAAUAAAAUGUACAGUGCAGUUUAAAAAUACGGUUUUUACAAUGAGGAGGAACAUCCUUAAAACAAGCAUGCUGUUUGAACUCGAUACAUUUGCUUCUAUUAGAGCAUGCUUAUUAUAAGAGAAAAACUUAUCGAUAAGUACCACAAACCUGUCCACACGUGCUUAAACCACGCCCCCCGCCACCCGCGCCGCAGAUAGCAUGCUCAAAAAUCGCACGCCUGUCGAUUUUUUAGCAUGCUCGAAAUAAGCAUGCCUAUUUUGAGCAAUGCUUGGGCACACGUGCUCGAAAACUGCAACUACUUGGUUGAAGCAUGCUUUCGUGCUUGAAAUAAGCAUGUGUAACUAUACCUUAACAGCUGUGCCGUGCCCGUGCCGUGCUGUGCUGUGGCAAAUAAUGAAAGCUACCAUUAAAACUUUUCUCAGAAAUUCUCAUAGUAUUUUGCCGGAGUUUCUGUAGGAGUGAAUAGUGAUAUUUAACUUUAUUAUAAUUAAUUAUCUUUGAAGAGACUAUAUACAAUAGAAACGCCAUAACUGAUUGUGCUUUCAUUUCACUCUUUCAUCUUCUCUUGCUCAUGUAAUAAAUAAAUAUCAGUAAUACAAGGGCCAAAGCAAUACGAAUCACAUUUUAUCGUACCUAAGCAAUAUAAGCAGUUUCUGAGAAAAGAAUGACUUAAAAUUCUUACAGUAUUUUUUAUUCUUUACAAAUAGUCGCUUUCCGUCCACUUUCACUCGUUUAGAGCAGUUUAGAGGUCUUUGGUCGCCAUUCACCAAACAGAAAAUUGUCCAUGGCGAUAAAAGAGAAGAUGAGCUUUCUGAAUGAAAUAAUGUUUGUAAUAUUUAAGACGAAUUAGAAUUUAGAAUUAAGGGCGUUUGUUGGUAACUAACUGUGUACUUUAGGUAAAAUAAAAAGUUAUUCAUUUAA